AUGUCCCAAAGUGGUAUUCACUAUAACAUCCACGACAAAAAUGAUAGAAACCAAAUUACCGAAGAAUUAAAUAAACUCGAACAAUUUCAAUAUGGAGAACAUCCAAGUCGAGUUUUAUGUGUUUUUAAUAUUUUAUCUCAAUAUGAUCCUAAAGAAUUGUUGUGUAUUUUUCAACAAUAUGGAGAUGUAAAAACAAUUUAUUACAGUACUGUCCAAUUUGGGUUUAUUGUUGUUAUAUUUUAUGAUAUUAGAGCAAGUAGAAGUGCAGCAAAAUAUCUUAAUGGUCGUUGUUAUCGAGGUCAUCAACUUCAUAUUGUAUUUGGAAUACCAAUAGACAUUAAUGAAGAACCAAAUCAUGGUACAUUGGUUAUUUUCAAUAUUGACAAACAAACUGAUGAUGAAACUCUUAAAACAAUUUUUUCAAAGUAUGGAGAAAUAAAAGAGAUUCGUGAAACUCCAUCAAGAAAAUAUCAUAAAUUUAUUGAGUAUUUUGAUUCAAGAAGUUCUGAUAUUGCUCUUAAAGAAUUAAAUGAUAUUGAAAUUAAUGGAAGAAAAAUAAAGAUAGAAACUUCAAAACCAAACAUUUCUAAACUUAUCUUUCUUCAAUGUGUUUCAAAUCUUCUUGGUAUUCCAAGAGAAGUACCAGUGAUAAUUCCUCCUUCUGAAUUGAUUGAUUUAAUCCAAAACUAUGCACAAGAUACUGUAAAAAAUUAUAACGAACAUCAAAACGAAGCACAACUUGAACAAAUUGAAUUUGACAGCGAAGGAAAUGUAUUGGACAAAGUUAAGAACACCGUAGUUAUUAAAAAUAUCUCAAGAAGAUGCUCUCAUAAUACUUUUAUUAGAUAUCUCCAAAAUUCCAUUUCUUCAUUUUAUAAAAAUGCUUUCUUGUUUAGAGAGACUAAUUCACAGACAGGUGUUGUUAUUGUAACAAAUCCAUCUGUCAUAGUCUCCUUAUUUUCAUGUUUCAAUGAUAAAAUGAUAGAGCCAAACCAAGAACAACUUUGUCAA